UGGGCCAUUGGUGCGUAGAGAGAGAGAGAGUGAGAGGAGGGAGGGGAGAAGGUGGUGACGGAUCUGCUCCUCUGUAAACUUGCUAUACUGCUAUGUGCUAUCAGCAGGGAAGGCUUCCCGAACAACGGUCAUCGACUCUAAAAUGUACAAUAAAGUAACACCGCGUGGUUAUUUUAGCCAUCUUUGCUAGACUCCUGAAUCUUCCUUCACCUGUGCGUUUUCGCUUGGUCACCGUACAUUUGGACUUGCACUGAAGAUAGAGAAAAUCCAUGGGGAUAUUAGAUAGCCUUUUCGGGCUACACAUUGGGAUUAUACAUUGAAUUGGGUGGACAUUUUUCGCAAACACUUUGCAUUUUUGAAGAAACGACCUCUGCUGUGCCAUAUCUUCACGACAUUGAAAGUGACGUAUCUGGUUACAAGUUGGGGCCUUGGUCUCCGGAGCUCCAGACAUGGCAGACCAGAAGGAAACAUUUGGACUGCAAAAUUCGCCCAGCGGGUCAGAGUCAAAGGAGUUACACACUGAGAGUAAAGCAGAGAAACAAAAUGGAACUUCGAGCAAAUCUCCAUCCUCCCAGACGACAUAUAUUCAACAGGGAAUGGAGGGGAUAAAAGUGUACCUGCAUGAGAGGGAAUUGUGGGCGAAGUUUCAUGAGGUGGGGACGGAGAUGAUCAUCACCAAAGCGGGAAGGCGAAUGUUUCCCAGCUUCAAAGUGAAGGUCACUGGAUUGAACCCUAAAACGAAAUACAUACUCCUGAUGGAUGUCGUGCCUGCGGACGACCAUCGCUACAAAUUCGCCGAUAAUAAAUGGUCCGUGACCGGGAAGGCCGAACCUGCCAUGCCCGGGAGGCUCUACGUUCACCCGGACUCUCCUGCGACGGGGGCGCAUUGGAUGAGGCAACUUGUCUCUUUCCAGAAGCUGAAACUGACGAAUAACCACCUGGAUCCUUUUGGACACAUUAUCCUCAACUCCAUGCAUAAAUACCAACCCAGGAUUCACAUCGUGAAAGCGGAUGAAAAUAAUGGCUUUGGCUCCAAAAACACGGCGUUCUGUACCCACGUAUUCCCCGAGACUGCCUUCAUUGCGGUAACAUCUUACCAGAAUCAUAAGAUAACCCAACUUAAGAUAGAGAACAACCCGUUUGCCAAAGGCUUUCGUGGGAGUGAUGACAUGGAGCUCCACCGGAUGUCCAGAAUGCAAAGCACUAAGGAAUACCCAGUGGUCCCUCGCAGUACGGUGCGCCAGAGGGUGGGCACCAGCCAGAGCCCAUUCAGUGGGGAGGUGCAGGUUAUGGUCACUCCCAGUGGCCUGGCCUCCCAGUACACCCAGUGUGAGAAUGGGGUCACCAGCACCUCACAGGACCUCCUGCCCCAGUCUGGCUGUUACCCCCUCCCCCACGAGCACAGCCAGGACUACCAUUGCAUCAAGAGGAAAGUGGAUGAUGACUGUCACUCAGGGGAGCACACCUACAAGAAGGCUUACCUGGAGAGCUCCUCCAGCGAGGACGACCAUUACUACCGUCCCGUCAGCUACCCACAGAGCCUGGGCCUGCCCGGGGGGCCCUACAGGACCGAGUCUGGCCAGAGGCAGGCCUGUAUGUACGCCAGCGCCUCCCAAGGGGCUGAGCCCGUCCCCAGCCUGGAGGACAUCAGCUGCAACACCUGGGCCAGUGUUUCGCCCUAUGGCAGCUGCUCCGUCACCUCCAUGCAGCCAAUGGAGCGGCUGCCCUACCAGCACUUCUCCGCCCACUUUACCUCGGGGCCCCUGGUGUCCAGACUGAGCGGGGUGGCAAGCCACGCCUCCACGCAGCUGGGCGAAGCCCACCACGCCAUGUACCAGGGCCCCAUGGCCCACCAGACACUGGGCCGCCAGUGUAGCCCUGGGGCAGGCAUCCAGUCGCCCACCGCAGGUCUCCAAGGCAACGAGUACCUGUACUCGCAUGGGAUCCCGCGCACGCUGUCGCCUCAUCAGUACCACACAGUGCACAGCGUCAGCAUCAUGCCAGAGUGGAAUGAGAGCAGCUAAAAUAACUUUCUUCAUAGGAAAGGAUGGAGAAGUUGGAUAAAAAAAAGGCCCUUGAUAAGGUUGGGCUUUAGAUAAAUCUAUAUUUAUAUUUUUGAAGCAGUACAGUACGGCAGUGCAGUCUCAUGAGAUUAAUGAGGCAUGACCGCCUAGAGCAUUGGACUUUGGUGCUCAGAGGAACUGCGUGACUGUCUUUGCAGUUGACUUCUUACUGUGCCUAAAGGCAAACAUCAUGAGGAUGGGCAAAACAAGGUGGAGAAAAGCAUUGGUCAUGAAGGAGACUUAUAAGGAAACUAAACAAGUUUAAAAACCCAAUGCUUUUGCAUGAGUAACAGAAGCACAGAAGUGGCUUCAUCGGGAGACCCCUAUUUUAAAACUGUUCUGUUUUGAUAGUGUAUUUUACAUCUUGGUGUUGCAUUAUCAAUGUUUUUUUUCUGCUGCCAAUAGAAAGCUCUUUUACCUUUAUCCUGUAGAUUUGUAAAUUUAACAUUUUGUGAAAAAAAAUACCUCCCAGUUUUCAUUUUAUUUGUUUUUUUUGUUGUGAACUGCUUACCUUCUAUAUUGAACAAAAAUAAACGCAACAUGCAACAAUUUCAACUAAUAUACUGAGUUACAAGUUCA